AUGGAAAAACAUAGUAUCCAAGCUCACGAUUUGCCAAAAAUUAUAAAAGAAGAAAUGUUGGAUGUAGAUGAUAAUGAAGACAGUAAGAGUAAUCAUCCAACAGACCAAAGCAUUAUCUCUUUAGAAAAAGAAUCAUAUAAAAAACCUAGUAAAGAUGCCUCUGAAAAUAAAUUAUCUAAUAAGAAACUGAAAUCACCAAGCUCUUCAACAAGUAGUACUACUUCUCAAGCUGAAUCUAUCACAAGCCCAAGUAAUUUUUUCAAUUUAUAUAAUGCAAUUGUUAAGGCUGAAGAACGAAUUGAAAACGAAAUCGAUGCUAUAGAAGAGAAGUUUGAAUAA